AUGGACGGAAUGCCAAUGUCAAUGCCAACAGGAACCGUUCCUUCGUCUGCAACGUCAACGAGACAGUCAACACCUAGUUUAAUGGAGCCAACUUCCGGCGCGGGGAUGGAAGGGAUGAGCUCGAUGGGAAGUACAGCGGAGACAAAUAAUGACUGUAAAGUAUCGAUGCUCUGGAACUGGGAAACAAUCGACGCAUGCUUCCUCUCAAAGUCGUGGCAGAUUAAAACUCGAGGCGCCUUCGCAGGUCUGUGCAUUGGCAUUGCGUUUCUCGUUAUCUUGCUUGAACUCCUACGCCGCGCUUCCAAGGUUUAUGACCGAUAUUUGAUCCGCCAGCACCUGAAGAAAACAAGUGCACUCGCUGCAACAGUUGUGAACGGCUCUUCCGAAACGGCUCACGGGGCUCUCAUCGCGAAAGAAAACGCCAUGACACUUGCUUCCACGAUUCCAUUUCGACCUAAUAUUUUCCAACAGGCAAUUCGUGCCCUAUUACACACACUACACUUUGCUCUCGCCUACUGGAUCAUGCUUCUUGCCAUGUAUUAUAAUGGCUAUGUCAUUAUCAGCAUCAUAAUUGGCGCCUUCGUCGGGUUCUUUACUCUCCAGUGGGAGAGUAUUAGUCCUCUAGGUGGCAUCGAAGGCGGCAAUGGUAUUGGGAGAGAUGGUACCGGUUGUCACGGCUGA